AUGUACUAUUCAUUAUCUAUCUAUCUAUCUAUCUAUCUAUCUAUCUAUCUAUCUAUCUAUCUAUAUAUAUAUCUUAUAUUAUUAUCUAUCUAUAUAUAUCUAUCUAUCUAUCUAUCUAUCUAUCUAUCUAUCUAUCUAUCUAUCGGUCUUUAUCAUAUCAUCUCUAUCUCAUCUUUAUCUAUCUAUCUAUCUAUCUAUCUAUCUAUCUAUCUAUCUAUCUAUCUCUUGACAUUUGAUCGAGUUUCGAGUUUGUCUGUCUGUCUGUCUGUCUGUCUAUCUAUCUAUCUAUCUAUCUAUCUAUCUAUCUAUCUAUCUAUCUCUCAGUCUUUUUCGUUUCUAUCUAUGUAUUUAUCUAUCGAAUUAUUGGAGGUACCUUCUCUCUUUCUAUCUAUCUAUCUAUCUAUCUAUCUAUCUAUCUAUCUAUCUAUCUCGACUGAGAUAGAUCUUUUCAUAUCUAUCUAUCUAUCUAUCUAUCUAUCUAUCUAUCUAUCUAUCUAUCUAUCCUUUUCAUCUAUCUAUCUAUCUAUCUAUCUAUCUAUCUAUCUAUCUAUCUAUCUAUCUAUCUAUCUAUCUCAAAAUGGAAAAACGCCCUUCUCCUUCCCCCCUCUCUCUCUCUCUUUCAUGCAACACUUUCUCUCUCUCUCUCUUAUUGCUCAUUACUCCCCUUCCCUAUUUUCCAUCCCUAUCUCUCUAUCUGUUUAUUUAAAAGAUAAAAAAAAGACUUACCCCCCCUCUCUCUCUUUCAUACAACACUUUCUUUUCUUUCUUUUUCCUCAUUCCUCCCCUUCACUUAUAUCUUUCCCAUUUUCCCUCCCUUGUUAUUGCAUGUAA